GAGGGGAGGUGGGUGGAGGUGGGGGAAGGAGACACCCAAGCUGGACUCCCCUCCCCGCGAUUGACACCCCCAUCGGCCAGGCCCCGGCUUUCCGAGGGGAGCGCUCCAGCCAAUGGGCACCGUGCGGGGCGGGUUUUGGAGCUGGGAGGUGCUGCUACUUAGCAUCGCCGCUCUGGUCGGGGCUGGCCGGGGGCGGGGGAGUCCAGUCCAGAGCCGGAGAGGACGUCCAGGGGCGGGGAGAGCGGCCCGCAGAGGACCGGACCGGGGUGCACCGGACAGGGGCGCAUCCGACAGGGGCGCAUUGGAGAGGGGCGCACCGGAGAGGGGCGCGCCUGGCACCGAAGCCACAGCUCUGGGGGGGCGGAGGCACCCAAGCAGCGGCACCCAAGCAGCAGCAGAAAGAGCCGGCUGAAAGGCCAGGGAGGACUCCUUCACCUCCGCAGGACCGAUGGGGACAGGAAGACUUUAAAGGAGUUUGGCGUUGCCAGGAGCGGGGAGAUCACCGAUCCCGGGCCUCCUCGCCCCGGCAUUGAUGGGCAAUCAACUGGAUCGCAUCACCCACCUGAGCUACAGCGAGCUGCCGACGGGGGACCCCUCGGGGGUGGAGAAGGACGAGCUGCGGGUGGGCGUCGCCUACUUCUUCUCCGAUGAGGAGGAGGACCUGGACGAGCGAGGCCAGCCGGAGAGGUACGGCCUGAAGGGCCCGGGCCGCAGCCCCGGCCGCGACCUCCCGGGGCCCCUGCCGCACCCCUGCCACCUGCACCUGCACCUCCAGCCCCCGUUGCACCACCCGCUGCACCCGCUGCAGCAGCUGCAGGAGCAGCUGCACCCGCUGCACCCGCUGCAGGAGCAGCUGCGCCGGCUGGUCCUCGACGAGACCCAGGUCUCGGCCUUCCGGGGGGAGGAAUGCAUCUUCUCCAAGGCCCAGGGCGAGGCCCUGAGCGUCCUCCCCGCGGCCUCCCUGCCGGCCCUGUGCCAGCCGGGCGACCUGCUGGAGCUGCUGCGGCUGCGGCCGGCGGCGGCGGCGGCGGCGGCGGCCUGCCCCGAUGACCCCCCGCACUGGGCCGUCUACGUGGGCGGGGGGCAGAUCGUCCACCUGCACCGGGGGCAGAUCCGCCGGGACCGGCUGCCCGAGGCCGGGGCGGGCCACGUGGGCCGCGUGGUCACCAGCUGGUACCGUUACCGGCCCCUGGGAGCCGAGCUGGUGGUGCAGAACGCCAGCGGCCACCUGGGCCUCGGCCGACACGAGAUCUGCUGGGCCGACUCCGAGAGCUUCGCCGCCUGGUGCCGCUUCGGCAAGCGCGAGUUCAAGGCCGGGGGCGAGGCCCCCGCCGGCGCCCGGCCCCCGAGGCCCCAGUACUGCCUCCAGGUCCAACGGCCCGACGGGCCCCUGCGCACCGCCACCUUCCACAGCCUGGAGGACCUCAUCCGAGAGAAGCGCCGCCUCGACGCCGCCGCCCGCCUCGGGGCCCGCAGGAGCCUCGAACAGCUGGGCGACCCCAAGGAGUAGCCGCCGCCCCCCCAGGACUGGCUCGUCCACACCGCCCUGCCGCCCCCUCUCCUCCUCUCCCUCCCUCAUCUCCCGUCCGGCUCUCUGACAACCUCCCUCUCUCCUCCUCCCCUUCCC